CCCAUUGAAGAAAUAAAGAGGCUUUAUCAGUCACUUGAACUUCAAUAACUAAUAAAUUUAUCAACAAAUAAAUAAUCUAUAAUGGCAUUCGGUGGUGAUCGUGGUGGACGCGGCGGUGGUCGUGGUGGACGUGGUGCCGGUAGAGGCGGCUUCGGUGGCCGUGGCGGUGGUAGAGGCGGUGCAACCCGUGGUGGUGGUGUACAAGGCCGUGGUGGUGGUAGAGGUGCUCCACGUGGACGUGGUGCACCAAGAGGUGGUGGACGAGGCGGCAGAGGCGGUGCCAAAGCUGGUCCAGGUGGAAAGAAAGGUGGUAACGUCAUCCUCGAACCACACAGACACAAGGGUAUUUUCAUCGCUAAAGGAAAGGAACACUUGCUUGUCACAAAGAAUCUUGUUCCAGGUGAAGCCGUUUACGGUGAGAAGAGAAUCGCAGUCGAAGGUGAAGAUGGCACCAAGGUUGAAUACAGAGUCUGGAAUCCUUUCCGUUCAAAGUUGGCCGCAGGUGUUUUGGGUGGUUUAGACAACAUCCACAUCCAACCAGGUUCAAAGGUCCUUUACCUUGGUGCCGCAUCCGGUACUUCAGUUUCUCACGUUGCUGAUGUCGUUGGCCCAGAAGGUUGCGUUUACGCCGUCGAAUUCUCACACAGAUCAGGUAGAGAUCUUGUUAACAUGUGCAAGAAGCGUACAAAUGUCAUUCCAAUCGUUGAAGAUGCACGUCACCCAAUGAAGUACCGUAUGUUGUUAGGAACAGUCGACGUUAUUUUUGCAGAUGUUGCUCAACCAGAUCAAUCUAGAAUUGUCGCUCUUAACGCACACCACUUCCUUAAGAAUGAAGGUCACGCAGUUAUCUCUAUCAAGGCUUCAUGUAUUGAUUCAACUGCUCCAGCUGAAGCUGUUUUCGCUCAAGAAGUUCGCAAGUUACAGCAAGAAUCAUUCAAGCCAAGAGAGCAACUUUCAUUGGAACCAUAUGAACGUGAUCACGCCGUCGUUGUAGCUCGUUACGAACGUCAUAAGUAAGCUUUUAAAAUUUAGACUCAAAAACUAAGCAGAAUAAAUUUAUUAUCUUCUCUCGCCUUUUUGUACUUUAUCAUCUCAUAAACUACGUAUAAAUCGUUUAAAAAAAUCAUUUAUUC